AUGAAUAUUUCUCAGAGUCCUGCGGAUCUGGCCACAGUGCUGCCUCUCAACAGUUUUGGCAACGUGCUUUUGUUUCUUUUCAAUUUAAUUCUCGCCACUGCCAUCGUUUUUCUCAACGUGUCUGUUUGUAUUUCAAUCAUGCUAGACCGAGCGCUGCGUAACGAGAACCGCUUCAUGUACAUGCUCAGCACCUGUCUCAGUGACAUUUGCUCGGGCGUGUCCUAUUAUUAUUGCGGCGUCCUUGACGUGCGUGACAGCUAUGACUCCCCCACGCGCACUUUCUACAUUGCGCCUACUUUUCUGGGGUUGUCUUAUAUGGCGAUUCUGGCCGCGCAGGCGGACCGGUACCACGCUGUCUCUUCACCUUUCAAAUACUCCCAACGCAUGACCCGCAACAGAACCUUACUGGUGAUACUGGCGUACUGGGUUUACGCGUUUAUCAUCGUGGCUGUUAAUAAUCUGGUGACUAUGGGGGUCGCGAAGAGAGUGACGGGGAUUGGCACUUUUGUGGCAAACAUUUUCACUGUAAUAAUCAUGAUUGGGUUGAACAUUAAACUGUUUUUCAUUGCAAAGUAUCAGCUCGAGCGCGAGCCCCAGAGCGCGGAAAGAGACAACAAGCGCGCGUCCGUGCAUCUCAUCGUAGUAGUGGCCUUGUGCUUUCUGGUCGCGUGGUUGCCCAUAUUUAUUCAUAUUAUUGCGUGCAAUUUCGCGGGGUCCACGUGCUACGCGUUUAAAAACGAGGGUUCGGACCCUCUGCGCACUUUACCACGAGUGAACGCAGUUCUCACCCCCUUGUUGUAUAUCAGGGGCUGUUCUGCACUCCGGAUCACCCUACUGAGUAAAGUCUGGAAAACGCCAUGCAAGAGGAAAGGUGUGACCCCUCAGUCUGUGGAGAAGCCUGAAGCCCCCAAAGAUGUGCAAUGUGCAAGUCUCCGGUCAUAACAUAUAUCAUAAAUAUUGCAAUGUUGUAAGGGGCAUACGGGGAUAACAGUGAUGUCCUGAAUAUCA